AGCCAAUCAGUCACCUAUAUAGGUUUUCAUGACAUUCAAUAUACGCAUCCAACAAAUGAAAUAUAUCAAUUCCCGUACAAUAACAAGGUUUUGCGUUUCACUUUCUAAGAAAUAUCACACCGUACAGACGUCGUUCUGUUGUUGUUACUAUCGUGAAGUGAAUAAUCUUUAUCAAGCAGUGUCUUCCCGCAUCUUCCAAUCUUAUAUGUUGCGUUAUCUCAGUUUUGAUAAAAGAAUUACAAUUAAUUGAAAUCAUUAAGAGAGCAUAUUAUCGAGGCUAUAUAUUCCGAGAUGGUGGGGGAGACCAAAGGACCAUCAUCGAAUCGUGAUGUUUGGGCGAAUGACAUUGAAUUUUUACUGUCGUGCAUUUCUCUGUCAGUCGGCCUGGGAAAUGUAUGGAGAUUUCCAUUUACCGUUCUAGAGAAUGGCGGAGGCGCUUUUCUAUUUCCUUACAUAAUUAUCUUAUUCGUCAUUGGGAAACCCAUCUAUUGCCUGGAAAUGAUUUUGGGUCAAUUCUCCGGUCGAAAUAGUGUUGACGUAUACGAUGUAUCACCAGCAAUGAGAGGAAUCGGCUAUGGACAAUUGUACGCAACCGCCUUAGCGAUAUCGUAUUACGCGUCCGUGCUUGCAUUGAUAAUAAAAUAUUUAGUCGAUUCAUUUGCGUCAACGCUUCCAUGGAGUUUUUGUAAAAUCGAAUAUGGCAGGGACUGCAUUAACUCAUCCGAUCUAUCCCAUUUGGCAUCACCAACAAAUGUCAGCCGAUUCAAAUCUUCGGCUGAAUUUUAUUUUUACAAAUCGGUGCUGAAAGAGAAAACUUCUAUCGAUGAUGGUAUCGGAUAUCCGGAUAUUGAGCUGGCACUUUAUUUGGGAGUUGCUUGGGUAUCCAUUUCGUUGAUACUUAUUAAAGGAAUAAGGUCAUCAGGAAAAGCGUCGUAUUUUUUGGCCAUAUUCCCGUACGUCGUUAUGAUCAUCUUAUUUGUUCGCUCCGUUACACUACCAGGAGCCAUUGAAGGAAUUAAAUUUUUAUUCAUUCCGAAAGACAUUUUCACUCCUCAGGUCUGGAGCUCAGCUGUUAUCCAGGUGUUUUUCUCAUUAGCAAUAUGCCUCGGAACGAUAAUCAUGUACUCGUCGUUUAACAAAUUCACUCACAACAUCAACAGAAGCGUUAACAUUGUUACCACCUUGGACACAUUAACGUCCCUGCUAUGCUCUGUUAUUAUAUUCGGAAUCCUAGGAAAUUUUGCUCACGAAACGGGUACUGCUGAUAUACGUUCAACCGUUCAAGGCGGCUCUGGAUUGGCAUUUGUUUCCUAUCCGAAUGCAAUUUCGAAAUUCACUCUGUGGCCCCAAUUCUUUUCGAUUUUAUUCUUUUUCAUGUUACUUACCUUAGGCCUGGGCAGCAAUGUUGGCAUGACUUUGGUGCUGGUAAAUUUUAUACAAGACAAAUUCACCAAGUUUAAGCAUUGGCAAAUCGUUCUACCGAUAGCAGUAGUGCAAUUUAUGUGCGGAUUGGUAUACCUAACACCCGGCGGUCAACACAUACUAAAUUUGGUAGAUUUCUAUGGUGUGUCGUUCGUAGCACUAGUCCUUGCUGUACCAGAACUAAUAACAUUUGGAUGGAUUUACGGAGUAGAGAGAUUGUGGUUAGAUGUUAAAUUUAUGCGAAAUGUUGAAACCGGUUUAUAUUACCGUCUGACGUGGAAGAUUGUAUCCCCGCUUCUAAUGCUAAUCAUCUUGAUUUAUCAGGUCGUGCAAUUCAAACCUAUUUCUUAUAACGAACAGAAAUAUCCAGCAAACGUUACCGUAAUCGGAUGGUGCAUUUUCUUCUGUGGAAUCGUUCAGCUUCCGUUUUGGAUGUUAUUUGUAUUGAUUCAGAAAUGGAGUUCCAAGAAUACAUUAAAGGCAAACAUCAUUCAAAUAUUCCGUCCGGAAAGUAGUUGGGGACCAAAACAACCCGAAUUCAAGGAUCGAUAUCACCAGUACAUUAAUGAUGUUGACAUUAAUUACACGCCUUGUAUCGAAGUUAAAGAGUAUUUGUGCCGAUUCAAAAAUAUGACGAAUUUCAAUCACUGAACAGGUGUAUAUGACCGACGAAAAACUGUGGUCACAGUAUGCAAAAACAAAGGAAUU